AUGGCGGCUGACCUAGGCGAUGGCGAAGGCGACAAGAACGGCGACUCUCCCCUGUCUGAGACGACGGACCAAGGCGUGGUGGUUUCGACUGCGGAGAAACCCCCUCUCCCCGGAUCGGGAUCUCCUUGGCAGAAAACACCAGUGGGGGAACCGCUUCCUCCCUCCGAAGCUGUUGACGACGUAGUCUCGAUUCAGAUACCCGACGAGAUUCUUGUAGAACCUAACCCACUAUGGAGGUGCUACGUGGUUGGUUACUUCAUUGGAGACACACCCCAUGUUGGUUCCAUCCAUACUACAGUGAAUCGGAUCUGGUCUUCUCCGAAGAUGGGAAGCAAAAUCGACGUGCAGUUUCUUGAUAAGACAACAGUCUUGUUCCGGAUUGAGAACCCUCAGAUGCGUGCAAGAGUGACUCAGAGGCGUUAUUGGCAUAUUGCAGACAUCCCAUUGGUGGUUAACGAGUGGUCUCCAGAAACUGCUCUUGAUCCCCCGGACCUCUCUGCCAUGCCGAUUUGGAUUGAUCUUAAGGGUGUACCGAGUCUUUUGUUCUCUCAUAAGGCUCUGAAAUGUUUAAGUCGAGCAGCAGGAAAUUUUGUUAAGUUACAUCCGCACACAAAGAAGUGUACCAGGUUGGAUGCAGCUCGUGUUCUCGUAGAGGUGGAUCUUAAUAAACCUCUGGUGGAGAAAAUCAGCUGUCUGGACCGAGAUGGAAGGACGGUGAUGAUUGAGGUCUUAUAUCCCUGGUUGCCACCUAAGUGUAACAUCUGUAAUGGAUGGGGUCAUUUAGUCUCUAACUGCCAAUCAAAGAAGAUCUCAGUGAUGCAGAAGGGUAAGGAGGUUGCGGUAGAUAAGGGGGAUUCAGAUGUGGUUAUAAAUGGUGAUGGUUCAGAAGCGUUUGAGGUUGGGGAUGCAUCGACUUCAGUAAGUUCUGAGCAGAGGAAGGAAGAGUGGGCUUUGGUGGGUAGAUCUGACAUUGUUGAGAAGAGGAGUUCAGUUGGAGAGGACCAGGAGAGUGAUGUUGUAGUCUCUCCUUCGAAGUUCAGCGUACUAGCUCUAGAAAGGCAGGAGGAGGAAAAUAAUGAUGAGAUGGAAGAGGAUGUUAGUGCUGAGAAGGGGGAAGAUGAAAAUGUAGGCUUGGAUAUUGAAGAGGGUGAACUGGUUGCAAAAUAUGUAGCUUUGAAGGCAAAAGACUCAACUAAGACCGCUCGGUUCCGUACUGGUACAAGUUUUAAGUUGAGUAAGCAGAUCCCAGCUCGUGCUAAGGACCUUAAGGGUAAGAAUCAGACCAACACAAGAAAGACUUGUUCUUCAUCUGGAAUAUGUGGGGGUUCAACUCGCCGCGCAAACACAGAGAGCUUCGUAGAUAGGGUACAACAAGGUAAUUGUGCUGAUUCUUUGGAAGCGGCUUUACUUGGUUGGACAGCUAUGUCAAACUAUGAAUUCAAUCCUUUAGGGCGCGUCUGGUUUUGCUGGUCUGACAAGGUUGUGGUCACUAAGCUUCAUAGUAGUGCACAGGGGAUGCUUAACAAGUUCAAGCAGAUAGGAAUGACGCAGUUUCAGGAGGCUGUAGGGGACUGCAUUCUAACUGAUCUUACGCAUUCAGGAGUGAUAUUUACAUUGUGGAAUAAUCAGGAAGCAGGCCCUAUUGGCAAGAAACUGGAUUGA